UGAUAGACAGGUCAGGAACAGGGCUGGAUAACAUUAGUACUGACAUUGAACCAUCUGGUCUGGCUGUGAUGAAGGACGGAAGUCUGAUUUACUCUGACCACAACAAUAAAGUAAUCUAUAGAGUGUCACUCAAUAAACAGAAAACAAAACUUAUAAAUACUGAGUAUGAUCCUUUUGGACUGUGUUGUACCAGGUCAGGUGAUAUCCUAGUCUGUAUGGGUGAGAUGUUCCUUGAUACAGCGAGAGUGGUCAAGUACAGCAGCAGUGGGAGGAAAAUCCAGGAAUUCCAGAUAGAUCAGAAUUUUGAGGCACUUUUUCUUGAUCCAAGGUUUGUCUGUGAGAAUAUCAAUGAGGAUAUCUGUAUAAGUGAUUGUAAUACGUUUGGAAAUAGUAAAGUGGUCGUACUGAACACGGCUGGAAAUCUUCGUUUUACAUAUGACGGGAAGGCCGAAGCUGGGGCGUUAAAAUAUUUCUUUCAACCGUUUGAUGUGACUACCGACAGUCUGGGCUACGCAGCUAUGAUAAGGCUGUUUUCAGGCUUCGCAGGGGAAGAUGGAGCUGACCUCUUGCGUACAUCUUCACACACCUCUCCCAGAUCUCCUCAAUACGGUGUCUUUCUUGAGUCAAAGAAGAAGACCGGAAGUGACGCAGGUGUGGCCCAAGACUUCUGUUGUCGUCAUCUCCUGGUCCAUCAUGAAACACCAUCUUCUGACUGUCAGUGCACCACCAACCUUAUCAUAGCUGCGUACAUCCUUAUCGCAGACAAGGCCAAUGAUGCCGUGCACUUGAUUAGCCAAGACGGGAUCUUCCUGUCUCUCAUAUUGACAGAGUAUGAUGGGAUAUCACUGCCAUUCGGAAUCUCUGUAGACACGUCAGAUAACUUAUGGCUGGUAGAACAAGAAAAAGCCUGUAUCAAACUGUAUCAGUAUUUGUUCCAACAUUGAAGGACCCAUUCCUAUACUGUGAACUAUCACAAAUGCAUAUAUUAACCUUACAAAAUAUCUCGCCAUAAAAACAAAAUAUAUUAAUUCUUUUAUCCUAUAUAGACAAGUGAUCAAAUAUACGU